AUGUUGGUUUUCAGUUUUGUUUUGGACCAGUGGGUGGGGAGAGAGGAGCAGCUUCGGGUGCAGAUGUUCUCGGAGGGGAUGCUCCGCCCAGAUCCUCGACCCCGACCCCCUCAUCAAGGCUCCCCAGCCCUUCGAAAGGCCAGGAAUUCUUGCGAAUUCAGAGGCUGCAGCCGCCGCGCCAGCUCCUGCCUCUACUGUCUCUAUGCUCGUCUCACCUGCCCACGCUCGCAAAUGGAUGGCAGGAUAGUCUGUCUUUAUGUGUCUCCCCUUUCCUUAAAAAAGUUUAAAUAUUCUAACAAAUAUAAAUUUAGGAUGUAUAAAUCUCUUGGCACUGAGUCGAGUCUUUGGGACACACAUAUAUAUCGAUAUCAAUUGUUAAAAAAAAAAAAAGGAAACAAAUUCUAA